AUGCAGUUCAAGACCCUCGCCAUCACUCUCUUCGCCAGUCUCGUUGCCGCUCAGGACAUUUCCGAGCUUCCUGACUGCGCUGAGCCUUGUUUUGUUGACAAUUUCCCCAUUUCCGGCUGCGCCUCCCAGACCGACUUCGCCUGCAUUUGCGCUUCUUCUGCCUACAACCAGGCUGUCACCGCCUGUGUCCUCGGCGCCUGCGGUAGUGCCGAUGUCCUCGCUGCCCUCAACUGGGCCACUGAGACCUGCAACUCUGUCGGAGUUCCUAUCGAGAUCUAA